AGUUCAUUCAGACGCCUGCUUCUUGAACUACUUCCCUUCUUGGGCAAAGCUGCGAGAGCGAGAGUGAGGGAGACUGGGAGAGUGUUAAACGGGGAAGAAGAAGAAGAAUAAGCAAGAGGCAUGGCGAGUGAUAGCUGCCUUCGUCGGGUCACCACAGGCGUUGUCGUUGGCGGUGCUGUUGGUGGCGCUGUCGGUGCUGUCUAUGGAACUUAUGAAGCCAUCCGGUACAAGGUCCCAGGUCUUUUGAAGAUUAGGUACAUUGGCCAAACCACACUUGGCAGUGCAGCCAUUUUUGGUCUUUUCCUGGGAGCUGGAAGCUUGAUACAUUGUGGGAAGUCUUAUUGAGCUCCAUUAUGUAUCAAAUAAGUUGUUCUUUGGAGAAAAAACCACCAGUUACAAAUUAAUGUCUCAGUUUCCAGAAUAUUAAAAGGAGGCCUCUUUGGAUGUGGGGAUCUUUUAAUGAAAAUUAGGCAUUUACAUAAUGCAAUAUUUCUGCCUUUCUUGUUUAUGUUGAUGGUUCGGCUUUGCUGUUUCUUUUUACCACUUGACUGCAGUUGGAGUUUGUAUUUGGGAGGGAUUCUUGUUUUUAGAGUAUAAUAUCAUGCUUUCGUCUUCUUCGAUUUUUGGAAGAAGGUAUUCUUUUUAACUUGGGUGGAGACUCCAUUUUAGAAAGUCAAGUGUCUUUUAAGAUUCAUCUUUUGGGUACA